AAGGAGCUCGAGGUGUUGUCAGCCUACACAAGCGCUGUCAGAGUUUACGCUGCAUCUGACUGUAACACUCUACAAAUCCUCGGUCCAGUUGCUGAGGAAGCUGGUUUCUCAAUCUUCCAAGGUAUCUGGCCAAACGACGAUGCCCACUUUGAGGCUGAGCAAGAGGCAUUGAAGACCUACUUGCCAACUUUGAAGAAGUCAACGAUCAAGGCCAUCACUGUUGGUUCCGAAGCGUUGUACCGUGAUGAUAUGACCGCCAGCGACUUGGCCUCUCGUAUCCAAACAGUCAAGGAUUUGAUUGCUGAUAUUAAGGACUCCGAGGGUAACUCCUACGCUGGUACCCCAGUUGGUUUCGUUGACUCUUGGAACGUUUUGGUUGACGGUGCCGCUCACCCAGCUAUCGCUGCAUCUGACAUUGUCUUUGCCAACGCCUUCUCCUACUGGCAAGGUCAGACAAAGGCUAACUCCACCUUCUCCUUCUUUGACGAUAUCAUGCAAGCUUUGCAAACCAUCCAAACCGACAAGGGUGAGACUGAUAUCACUUUCUGGGUCGGUGAAACUGGCUGGCCAACCGAUGGUUCCGCUUUUGAGGCUUCUGUUCCAUCGGUGGAGAAUGCUGCUCACUUCUGGCAAGAUGCCAUCUGUGCCAUGAGAGGAUGGGGUGUUAACGUCAUCGUCUUUGAGGCCUUUGACGAGUCCUGGAAACCAGAUACCUCUGGUACCUCUGACGUUGAAAAGUACUGGGGUGUCUGGGACUCGGACUACCAAUUGAAGUACGAUUUGACUUGUAAUUUCUAA